UUUCCUCUUCUUUUUACUUAUACUUCCCUACGAUACCUUUUGUAUACUCCUCUGGUCAAACAGCUGCAUUCAAAAGAUAUCAAACUACAUACGCGAAACCCUCCCAAAAAAAAAAACAACAUCAAACCUUUUAUUAACUUAGAAUUACUACAGCCAUUCACCCCACGCAAUGAGAUUAUCUAGAGCUGUUGCUAUUUCCAUCUUGACCUCCUUGGGUGUUCAAGGUUUGGUCCUCCCAUCCAUCGGUGACGUUAUUGACGUUUUUGGUGGUGUCGAAAAGAUCUCUGACAAGAUUAAUGAAAAGUUAGAACCCCUCAAGGAAGCUGCCCAUGACGCUGCUCAACAUUUAGGUAUGCAAUUAUCUGACGCUUUGGCUCCAAUCGUCAACAUUGACUCUACUAGAGACAUUAUUCCUCAUAGAUAUAUCAUCGUUCUUAACGAUGAUGUCAAACCCGAAGAAGCUUCCUUCCAUCAAGAAUGGGUUGCUUUGACUCAUGCCAACUCUCUUAACAAUGUUGAAAAGGACCAUCCAUUCUUUGCUUCCACUCAAGAUUUUAAGACUGAAGGUGGUAUCAUUGACAGUUUUAGAAUUGACAGUUUGUUGAAUGGUUACUAUGGUUACUUUUUGGAUGAAACCAUCGAGUUGAUUAGAAAGAACCCCUUGGUUAAGUUUGUUGAACGUGAUUCUUUGGUCCAUGCCAAUGAAUUCCAAGCUGAUAAAGGUGCUCCUUGGGGUUUGGCUAGGGUUUCUCAUAGACAACCAUUGAGCUUAAGCUCAUUUGACCAAUAUUUGUAUGACAAUGAGGGUGGUAAAGGUGUUACUGCUUAUGUCAUUGACACUGGUGUUCAUGUCAACCAUGUUGAAUUUGGUGGCAGAGCCACCUGGGGUUCUACUAUCCCAACUGGUGACUCUGACACUGAUGGUAAUGGUCACGGUACCCAUUGUGCCGGUACCAUUGGUUCCAAUGCAUACGGUGUCGCCAAGAAGGCUGAUAUCGUUGCCGUUAAGGUUUUAAGAUCCAACGGUUCUGGAUCCAUGUCUGAUGUCGUCAAGGGUGUUGAAUUUGCUGCCACUUCGCACCAAAACGCCGUCAAGCAAAGCAAGAAGGGAUUCAAGGGUUCUACUGCUAAUAUGUCCCUUGGGGGUGGUAAAUCUCCUGCCUUAGAUUUGGCUGUUAAUGCUGCUGUCAAGGCUGGUCUUCAUUUUGCCGUUGCUGCCGGUAACGAAAACCAAGAUGCUUGUAACACUUCUCCAGCCUCGGCAGAAAAUGCCAUCACUGUUGGUGCUUCCACCAUUAGUGACUCUAGAGCUUAUUUCUCCAACUACGGUAAGUGUGUCGAUAUUUUCGCUCCAGGUUUGAAUAUCUUGUCUACUUAUAUUGGUUCUGAUAGUUCUACUGCCUACUUGUCUGGUACAUCUAUGGCUUCUCCACACAUUUGUGGUUUGUUGACUUAUUACCUUUCCUUGCAACCAGAUUCUGAUUCUGAAUUCUUUGUUGCUGCCGACAGUGUUUCGCCAAAUCAAUUGAAGAAGAAUUUGAUUGCUUAUGCCAGCACUGGUGUUCUUUCUGACAUUCCAGAAGACACUCCAAACAUUUUGGCAUUCAAUGGUGCUGGUCAAAACUUGACUGAUUUCUGGCAUGGAAAGUAAAAAGUGAUUUACCAAAAAGGUUUAUAGAUUCCGUUAGAAUUUUGAGUCUGAGAAUCAAAUAGUUUAUUAUUUGUUAAUUGUUUUACAUGAUGUUGCACAAAGUAUGUUGUUUUAUGAUUAUGAAGAGGUUAAACUAGGUGUCGUCGUCAUUGCCAUUAUCUUGUUGUUGUUGUUGUUUUUAUAUAUAUAGGCUGUUUCAUUGUUAAUUAUAAGUUUAAAAAUUUAGUUAAGUUUGUAGUGGAUAUUUCAUGUAAUAUCGGUGUAGAACCUUGACAACAGAACGAGCUUAUACAUCCUCGGAUAUUAGUUAUAUAGUUUGUAAUCAAACCACGUGCUACCAAGUGGCUUACUUGAUCGUGUGCAGGAAAAAAAACUGAGUUCGGCUCCAUUGAUUUUUUUCUUUGGUGGCGCUUAAAAAAAUUCAUGAUACUGAAUCGUCUUUCGUUUUGAUAUCGGCAAUAACUUCCAUUCAACC